GCGGAGUCCUCGGGCCCAGGCCCUUGGCUGCCACCUUAUAUGUAUCGCUAAUCCUGAAAUAUGGAACUUCCGAACACAUUCCUUCUCUUCCUGCCCUACCAGCUAUCAUGACAUCAGUGAGCUGCACUAGAAGCCGGCUGGGACUUUAGAUCUGCUUCAGACCCUGGGAAGCAUGGUGCGGUCCUUCCAGCGCGUGUUCAGCUGCUGCUGAUAGAGAGAACCCAGCCUUGCUAGCAGGUCUCUGACCACCACGUGCCAUCCCGCAUCACUCCGUCCGCACGCAUCGCCAUGGACAGUGCGUCUGCCAGGCAUGGUGACCUCUCAGAGUCUGAUGGUGGCACCUCCUCAGGUAUCGGGACCCUUCGGGAUCACCCAGACUCUCCAGUGCAGCCUGUCGAGUGGGGUGCAGCCUGGGGUGCCAAGGGAACAGCAGGCACAGCUCCGGGUGAAGGAGAAGGCCUGGAAGUGCCCAGCCAGGGCCACAGCUGUCCAAAUGGGGCUGUGCGGCCCUACCCAGGCCCUGUGCUACCUCUCGACCCCACCCCUCACCCUGUGGUGGUUGCUGACUCAGCUCCAGGUGUGGCUGGUUUCCAUGACAACCUAAGGAAAUCUGAGGGCACUAGUGCUGAGGGCAGUGUUAGAAAAGAAGCUUUGCAGUCUCUCAAACUAAGUCUUCCUAUGCAAGAAACGCAACUGUGCUCAACUGAGGCCUCGCUGCCCCCGGAGAGGGAGGAGCAAGUGCGCCUUCAAGCUCGGAAGCGGCUGGAGGAGCAGCUCCGGCAGUACAGGGCGAGGCGGCAGCAGGAGAGGUCCAGCCAACCAACCACUAAGACAAGACUUUUCAGCACGUUGGACCCAGAGCUCAUGCUCAACCCUGAGAACCUGCCAAGGGCCAGCACCGUGGCCAUGACGAAGGAGUAUUCUUUCCUGCGCACCAGUGUCCCUCGCGGGCCGAAGGUGGGCAGCUUAGGGCUCCUGGCACACUCCAAGGAGAAAAAGAGUCCCAAAUCGAGCAAGAUUCGGUCUCUGGCCGAUUACAGAACUGCAGAUCCAGAUGCCAGGGACUCAGGGGGUGGCGCCUCAGCCACCAGCCCCUCUGGGGGUGCUGUGAGCAGGGGCAGCGUGACGUCUGUGGUGUCUGAGGCCAGCCUGCCCCCCGAGGCUGACGCCCACUUAGAGGAUGCCUUGCUGGCUCAAGACGACACCUCAGAGGUGGACGGCAGUGAGGCUGGGCUCAGGCUGGACGGGAAUGACAGUGACAGCUCCUCCUACAGCAGCGUGUCCACCUGGGGCGCACAGGGCACAGUGCUGGCCGCAACCAGUAUCCAGGAUGUAUCCUCCAUGGUCAAUGGCCAAGAGGUCACCUCGGAUUCCCUGGGACAGUUUCCUUCCAUUAAAGAUGUUCUCCAAGCUGCAGCAGCUGAGCACCAGGGCCAGGGGCUGGAGGUCAACGGGGACGUCCGGAGCCGCAGAGGAAGCCUCUCGAGCAGCGUGUCCGUGGGGAGCUCUGUUGCUGAGGCCCAGGAUGAGAUGCUGCAGGUGCUCAAGGAGAAGAUGCGGCUGGAGGGGCAGCUGGAGGCCCUGUCGCUGGAGGCCAGCCAGGCACUGAAGGAAAAGGCCGAGUUGCAGGCGCAGCUGGCCGCCCUGAACACCCGGCUGCAGGCGCAGGUUGAGCACGGCCAGAGCACCCAGCAGAGGCAGGACUCGCUCAGUUGUGAGGUGGACACCUUGAAGCAGUCCUGCUGGGACCUGGAACGUGCCAUGACUGACCUGCAGAGCAUGCUGGAAGCCAAAAAUGCCAGCCUGGUGUCCUCCAACAGUGACCUGCAGGUGGCCGAGGAGCAGUACCACAGGCUCCUGGCCAAAGUGGAAGACAUGCAGAGGAGCAUGCUCAGUCAGGAUAACACCGUGCAUGACCUGAGACAGCAGAUGUCGGCCCUUCAGAGCCAGCUGCAGCAGGUGCAGGUGGAGCGCACGACACUGACCAGCAAGCUGAAGGCAUCACAGGCUGAGAUCGCGUCCUUGCAGAGCGUCCGGCAGUGGUACCAACAACAGCUCACAAUGGCACAGGAGGCCCGAGUCAGGCUGCAGGGCGAGAUGGCCCACAUCCAGGCUGGACAGAUGACCCAGGCGGGCCUCCUGGAGCACCUGAAACUGGAGAACGUGUCCUUAUCCCACCAGCUGUCAGAGACACAGCACAGGUCCAUCAAGGAGAAGGAGCGCAUUGCUGUCCAGCUGCAGAGCAUUGAGGCUGACAUGUUGGACCAGGAAGCUGCCUUCGUUCAGAUUCAAGAAGCCAAGACCAUGGUGGAGGUGGACCUCCAGAGGAGGCUGGAGGAGUUUGAGGAUGAGAAGGAGCACCUACAGAAGAUGGCAGACUCUGCCGCGUCCUUGGAGCAGAAUCUGGAACAGGUAAAGCUGACUUUGCUCCAACGAGACCAGCAGCUGGAGACCCUGCAGCAGGAGCAGCUCAACCUGAUGAGGCAGCUCACAGCAGCCCAGGAGGCCCUGCAGGCCAGGGAGCAGAGCCUCGAGGACCUGCAGACACACCACCAGGAGCUGCAGGCCCGACUGGAGGAGACAGAGGGCGAGGCAGCUGCCAAGGACGAUGCCAUCCACUUCCUGCAGAACGAGAAGAUCGUUCUGGAGGUGGCUCUGCAGGCGGCCAGGAGCAGCCAGGAGGAAUUGGACAGGGGCGCAAAACACCUGGAAGAGGGCGCUGAGGAGACAUCAGAGGUGAUCGAGCAGCUGAGGCAAGACUUGGCAGUGAAGUCCAGCCAGGUGGAGCACUUGCAGCAGGAGACAGCCGCUCUGAAGAAGCAAACGGAGAGAGUCAAGGAGCAGUUUCUUCAACAGAAGGUGAUGGUGGAAGCCUACCGUCGUGAUGCCACCUCCAAAGACCAGCUCAUCAGUGAGCUGAAGGCCACCAAGAAGAGGCUGGACUCCGAGCUGAAGGAGCUGAGGCAAGAUCUGAUCAAAGUCCAGGGAGAAAAGAAGUCAGUGGAGGUAGAGCACGCGAGGCUGCAGAGGGAAGUUUCUCAGGUGCAUCGGCAGGUGGCCCACCUGGAGGGGCACCUGCAGAUGGUGCAGAAGGAGCGAGACAACAUGGAGACACAGUUGCAGUCUGUGCAGUUUGAUAAGGAGCAGAUGCUCGUGCUCACGGAGGCCAACGAGACCUUAAAGAAGCAAAUCGAGGAGCUGCAGCAAGAAGCCAAGACGGCCAUCACAGAGCAGAAGCAGAGGAUGAAGCGCCUGGGCUCGGACCUCACCAGUGCCCAGAAGGAGAUGAGGGCCAAGCACAAGGCCUACGAGAACGCCGUGGGCAUCCUUAGCCGCCGUCUGCAGGAAGCCCUCACGGCCAAGGAGUCUGCGGAGGCCGAGCUCGGCAAGCUGCGAGCCCAGGGCACGGACGCUGAUGGCCGCAGCCUCGCCCUACAGGAAAGAAUACAGACCCUGGAGGGGGAGCUGCAGACCGUCAACCACAGUAAGACGAUGUUGGAGAAGGAGCUGCAGGAAGUCAUUGCACUGACCAGCCAGGAGCUAGAGGAACACCGGGAGAAGGUGGUGGAACUCGAAGAUGAGCUUCAAGAAUCCCGAGGCUUUCAGAGGAAGAUCAAGCGCUUGGAGGAGGCAAACAAGAAGUUGGCCCUCGAGUUAGAGCACGAGAGGGGGAAGCUCACAGGCCUUGGGCAGUCCAAUGCAGCCCUGCGGGAGCAUAACAGUGUCUUGGAGACGGCCUUAGCCAAGAGGGAGGUGGAUCUGGUCCAGCUGAAUCUACAGGUGCAUGCAGUUCUGCAGCGCAAAGAGGAGGAGGACCGCCAGAUGAAGCAACUUGUCCAGGCUUUACAGACCGCAUUAGAGAAGGAGAAAGUGAAGGUGAACAGCCUCAAGGAACAGGUUGCUGCAGCCAAGACCGAGGCAGGCCACAACCGCCGCCACUUUAAGGCUGCCACCUUAGAGCUGGGGGAGGUGAAGAAGGAACUGCAGGCCAAGGAGCACCUGGUGCAGAAGCUGCAGGCUGAGGCGGACAGCCUACAGCUUCAGCGGGGGAAGCACUGUGAGGAAGUGGCGCAGUUCCAGGAGGAGCUGGCAGAGGCCCGGGAGCAGCUGCAGCUCCUGCAGAAGCAGCUGGCCGAGCAGCUGAGCAGACAGCCCACAGGGGGCCAAGAGAUGGAAAAUCUCAAAUGGGAGGUGAAUCAGAAAGAGAGAGAAAUCCAGUCCUUAAAACAACAGCUAGAUUCGACGGACCAGCAGAAUAAGAGAGAAGUGGAAGGGAUCCAGCAGCUACUGCAGAAUAUGAAGUCUGAGCUGGAGAUGGUACGGGAAGAUCUCUCCACAACCCAGAAAGAUAAGUUUGUGCUUCAAGUGAAAGUGUCAGAACUGAAGAAUAACAUGAAGACUUUGCUCCAGCAAAACCAGCAGCUGAAGCUAGACCUGAAACGCAGCUCGGCCACGAAGAGGAAGGAGCUGAAGGGUGAAGCCAGCUCCUCCAGCCCCGUGACACCAGUGAAGAUUCCUGACUGCCCAGUGCCCGCCUCCCUGCUCGAGGAGCUGCUCCGACCCUCACCUGCUGUGAGCAAGGAACCACUGAAGAGCCUGAACAGCUGCCUCCAGCAACUGAAGCAGGAGAUGGACAGCUUGCAGCGCCAGAUGGAAGAGCACACCAUCACUGUGCACGAGUCACUCUGCUCGUGGACUCAGGCUGAAGGCCACCUUGGGGACCUGGUCGGCCCCAGUCCUGCCCCCCCUGAAGAUCAUGCCAACCCCAGGGGUGACACAGAGAAACACCAUUCAAGCAAUGCAUCCACGGAAGUGUUGCAACUGUGACCCUAAAGAUUCCCCCACUUUCUGAGCAGGUUGUUGUAGCUAUGGAAAGGAAGAUUCUUUUAUCAUUACUGAUCUUAUAGUGACUGGCUGCUUUUCUGUGAGAUGAAACUUUGGGUUUUGCUGUUGCCUUUAACAAGAAGAAUAACAAGAGCCAAGUUUCAAAGCGAGUCAUUUGUAGAUCACAAUUAGCACUUCUCCAGACGUGACUACAUUGUAAAAACCCAGUUUAUUUAUAAGUGGAAAAUUUUCAGUAUGUCUGAAGGCCGAUUUGCAGAAUGUGAUAUUUUCUGAGUGAUGGUAGAUGCUGCUCUGAAGGUCACACUGUCCAGCCUGUCACUCUUGGGAACAUUUCAGGAGGUUCCUGGACAAAUGAUGCUACGCUUCACUUUCCUGUUUGAUUCCGCAAGAGCUUUACUUUCCUGCAGAAAUGAAACUAUUUUGCCCCUUUGGUUUUUAAUUUUAUUUUGUCUUGCUUGCAAAUAGCCAGCCCAUCAUAGGAUGUAUAUAUAAAAACAGAAAAUCGUUACUCAAUCUUUAAAAAUAUAUAUAUAUAUAUGCUUAUAUAAUUUGAGAAGAACCUGAAUUGAAUUGUCUUUUUAUUCAUUGCCUUUUGAAAAUUUGCCGUCAGGAAAUUAUGUACAUGUAGGAUUUAGGGACAUAAGUCAGAAAACUAUAUUUUAAGAAAUAUAAUUAUUUUACUUACUAUAUCUUCUAAAACCAAAUAUCCUUGCACAAAAAGGGUUCUUUGUUCCAGUUUCUGUUUAUUUUGUAGAGUCUCUUCCUCCGCUGCCUGUUCCAUCCUUCCAAAAGUACACAAGCUCUCUAUGAUCUGUUGGCCACACCUUUGCCCUCCCGCCAGUGAGGAGCUGGCCUGCAUCUCUCUUAGACUUGAUGGCCACCUAGGGGCAGUGAAGUUCUCGAACGCUGCCCUGAAAUCUGAGGAGAGUGGAGACAGAAAAGGUCGGCACAGGAAGAAAGGAAAGCAGAGGAGGAAACAGCAGCCCAGAGCAGAGGGAAGAGUGAGAGCUACAGGGGCUCCCUGUGGCUUAGGUCCGCCUGUGUGCUGCCUGAUUCUUUCCCCAGCUGUAGAUUGUUGGGCAAGACACCGCGGCUUUCUCCUCCUCCUCACACUUCCUGCGCCCAAAGUGAAGAUGUUUGCUAGGGGCUGAUCUCAUUAGCUAAGGGAGCACUGAGUGCUGAUUUGGUUACACUGAUCAAAAUGGUUAGCAACCCCUUUCAUUGCUUGUUUGGAUGGUGGGGGUGAUGUCUGCGAGGAAUCAGCACCCUGAACAUAAGUGCUGUGGCCUCCCGACAAGUCCCCUGAAGAGAAUGCCUUACUUUAAAAUGAGGUCACCUGAAGUGCAUACCAUUUUAUUUGCAUACACUUUUUUCCUAAUAUUUCAACACUGUAGAAACUGUGGUGAGACUUGAAAUUUCAUAAUGUUUUCCCCUCGACUAAGGAAGUCUAAGAUAAUAUUUAUAGUUAUAAAUUAGGGAUAUGAGAGAAUGGGGCUAGGCGGCUUCUCUUCAGAUUGACUGGUCUGAAAGUGAAGUGUUACUGAUCAGUCCAGAUAUGCUCAUGUUGAUUUAUUAAUAUGCCUACUUUGUGGAGAAAACAGGAUGGUAUUUUUAAGCUCUUGUAAUCUUGUGAUUGUUCUCUUGUAAUAUGUUGUUAGUUAAUUGAAAGGGUUAAGUACCAUUAGCUACAAAGGUGUUUAGUAUUUAAAAAAAAUUCCUUAGUAAGUAUUGGAAUUUCUAAAAUAUGUAUAUCAUUUGUACAGAAUUGAUCUCAAAAUAAUACUUGAAAAUUUCACUACAAAUAUACUGUACUCUUUAUCUUAAGUUAUAAAUCAUUUUUGGAUAAAUGUUUUUGUACCAUUAGAGGAGAAAAAUAGUAAUGUCCAUUUAUUUAUUUUGGCUCUCAUCCUUUGUUUUAAUUUCCAAAAGAAAUAACACUUAGACUUGUUCUACCGCAGAGCUGCUUUCUCCUAUUUGCUGGUAGAAGGUCUUCGUGUGUAUCACGCUCCAUGUGUACUUUUCUCUGAGGAAAGGAUGAACUAAUUCUAAAUUGGUUCGUCGAGUGAAAGCCCAUCUCAGUUCCUCGUUCCUUUUUCCUUUGGUUCAAGCAUGCGUGCACCUGUGUGUGCCCACACAUAGAUGCCCUUAGAAACAGCACCACUUCUUUGUGUUCUGUGUUUGUGCCAGUUUCAUUGUAUGUUCCCAUCUUCUGGCCCAGGAAAUGCCCGGCCUCUGUGUCUGAACUCUGUCACUGACGUUAGGCACUGACUGUUCCUCCCGCCCGUUGUGUGUUAGUUCCUGCUAUUUUAUUGGCUAGCGUGGGGUUCCAGAUGGAGGGCUCUUGAGUUAAAGCCGACACUACCUUGAAGCUUCCUUGAUAAGUCACCUUAAAGAAAACAAAAUGUGCGUGCUCUUUGACUUGUUGUGGGACUCUUCUAGUACUUCUGCUGCUCCAACCUAGAGUCUCAUUCAUUCACUGAAGCUUAAAAUCUUGUUCUUGUUGUUGUGGGCAGACUCCACCUUAUUAGGUUCUGUAACUAAGGGUCAUGUGACCAGAUGAAAACAGACAUUUCAUGAACCAUCUGUUGUGUCAGGGAAAACGAUCGUUAAAGCUGAAGUAUUACUUUAUAAAGACAAGUUCCCACUGUUUCAGUGCUCAUGUUAAAUAUAUACCCACGGGAUUGAGUAUCCUCGGUAUAAGUAGUGAUGGGUUGGACAUGUCCUGAUCUUACAUGCCUUUCUUGAUUUCCAGAAAAAAUAAUUGCACCAUGCUUAUCGUUGACUUUUACACGUACACAUCAUAGAGAUGUUAUGGAUCUUAUAGAUUCAACUUUGGAAGUUCGUGACAGGCCAUGUUUUUCUUAGCUUGUUGACUCUAGUUAGUACAGAUUACAGUCCAGGUAGUGGAACUGGUCCCCUGAAGAAGGUCUGUGGCACAGGUAAACUAGUGCUGCCUUGGAAAGCGUUUCAUGUUGCUCGCUAUGCUGUCUACUUAAGAACUUAGCUCUUCUUCUUAGAGCGGUAUUGCAGAAUCCGGGCCUGCAGGCCUCAUGACAUAUAUUCCUAGUUCCGUGAGCAUUUUUUAAAAUAAAAAGUAAAUGCCUCUGUGGUGUGAGUAGUGAUAGUAUGUGGAGACACGUGGGCCUCUUUCAAACUGCAAGUGCCAAGCAAGUCUCAUCCUAUGUUUGUUUGUUUGGGGUUAUAUGAUCCUUGAGGGGUAUAUGUUUUAGGGAGAGUCUAAGAGACUCUGGUUUUGAGUCAUUAGUUCAUUUUUAUGAAACAUUUACUCAUAAAAGGGAGUCCUGCAGUUUGGGACCUUCUAGGGUAAAGGUGGCACCAUGUAUAAUUGUAACUUUAAAAAGCAUGUUGAUUUUUUAAAAUUUUGAGCGUGCUUGGGAAUUCCUUAAAAUUUGUGCAAUAAACUAUUUUUGGUAAAGA